CCACGACGUACGACAAUUCACUACCUACAGCCAUUUUCAGGACCUCCUCUCCGACUCCCGAAAAUCCACAAUGUCCGACCAGAAAGCUUCCAAGUACUACCCCGCCGAGGAUGAUGCUCAAUUGAAGAAGGCACGCAAGACCGCGCAUCCCACAAAGUACCGCGAGUCUCUCGCACCGGGUACCGUCCUCAUUCUCCUCUCUGGCCGUUUCCGUGGCAAGCGCGUCGUGCUCCUUCGCCAGCUCUCCCAGGGAGUCCUCCUCAUCACCGGCCCUUACAAGUCUAACGGCGUCCCCCUUCGCCGCGUCAACCACCGCUAUGUGAUCGCUACCAAGACCACUGUCGACAUUACUGGCGUAGACAGCGAGGUUUUGGACCGUGUCAGCAAGGACGAGUACUGGGCUCGUGAGAAGAGGGACGGAGAGAAGGGCGAGGAUGCGUUCUUCCAGGAGGGAGAGGCACAGAAGAAGGAGACCGACCCCCAGAGGAUAGAGGAUCAGAAGAAGGUUGAUAAGGCAGUCAUGGCCAACAUCCGCAAGGUUGCUGAUUUGGAGGCAUACCUUGCUGCAAGCUUCAGCCUGCGAAGCCACGAGAAGCCCCACGAGAUGGUUUUCUAAAUGGCUAUCUACACGAUGACAAUUGAUCGGAAAAUACGGAAAGGGAAUAAGGACAGCAUAAGUGGGAAGAGUUAUGACAGCAUGGCAGCUACACAGAAUGGAGAUACGUUUUCUCCAGCGAAUCAUAUGAACAGAUGAUACCCAAUCACCGGACACCCAAUAAGGGUCUCGGUAUGAUUCCAAAAAAAUAAGAAAAAAUAUUCAAACAAACUCAAAUAUUACGGCGGCGUCGAGCAUGAUGUGAUGUUGAUGGCUUUUGUAUCCGCUUGUCCCGCCAUAUGGGAGGAGCCCUUCACGACAACGACGAUGUUGCCCGAACGGAUGUACAUAUAUUCGUAGCGAUCGACCUACUUCACAAAGAACGAUAGCAUACACAAUCACGGCAUCUUG